AUGGUCUCCCCGCGGAUGGCCCGGCUCCUGUCGCGGACGGUGAUGCUGGCGCUCUUUUUCCUCCCCCAGGCACGCCCGGCCGGCGUCUUCGAGCUGCAGAUCCACUCUUUCGGGCCGGGACCAGGCCCGGGGGCCCCGCGGUCCCCAUGCACCACUCGGGGUCCCUGCCGCCUCUUCUUCAGGGUCUGCCUGAAGCCAGGGGUCUUUGAGGAAGCCGCCGAAUCCCCGUGCGUCUUGGGCGCGGCGCUAAGUGCACGCGGACCCGUCUCCUCUGAGCAGCCCGCAGCGCCCGCGCCCGACCUGCCGCUGCCGGACGGCCCCAUGCGCGUGCCCUUCCGGGACGCCUGGCCGGGCACCUUCUCUCUCAUCAUUGAGACCUGGAGAGAGGAGUUAGGAGAGCAGAUUGGGGGGCCCGCCUGGAGUCUGCUGGCGCGCGUGGCCGGCCGGCGGCGUCUAGCGGCCGGGGGCCCGUGGGCCCGGGACGUGCAGCGCGCAGGCGCCUGGGAGCUGCGCUUCUCGUACCGCGCGCGCUGCGAGCCGCCCACCGUCGGGGUCGCGUGCACGCGCCUCUGUCGCUCGCGCAGCGCCCCCUCGCGGUGCGAUCCGGGACUGCGCCCCUGCGCGCCGGUCGAGGACGAGUGCGAAGCUCCGCUGUCAUGUCGAGCAGGCUGCAGCCCAGAGCAUGGCUUCUGUGAGCAGCCUGAUGAAUGUCGAUGCCUGGAGGGUUGGACUGGGCCCCUCUGCACAGUCCCUGUCUCUACCAGCAGCUGCCUCAGCCCCAGGGGCCCACCCUCUGCCACCGCUGGAUGCCUUGUGCCUGGGCCUGGGCCCUGUGACGUGAACCCGUGUGCCAAUGGAGGCAGCUGUAGUGAGACACCCGGGUCCUUCGAAUGCACCUGCCCCCGAGGGUUCUAUGGGUUGAGGUGUGAAGUGAGCGGAGUGACAUGUGCGGAUGGACCCUGCUUCAAUGGCGGCUUGUGUGUUGGGGGUGCAGACCCUGACUCUGCCUACGUCUGCCACUGCCCACCUGGUUUCCAAGGCUCCAACUGUGAGAAGAGAGUGGAUCGUUGCAGUCAGCAGCCAUGCCAGAAUGGUGGGCUGUGCCUGGACCUGGGCCAUGCCCUGCGCUGCCGCUGCCGCGCAGGCUUCGCGGGUCAGCGCUGCGAGCACGACCUGGACGACUGCGCCGGCCGCGCCUGCGCUCACGGCGGCCGCUGCUACGCCCACUUCUCCGGCCUCGUCUGCGCCUGCGCGCCCGGCUACAUGGGCGCGCGGUGCGAGUUCCCGGUGCACCCGGACGGCGCGGACGGCGGCGCAGGCGCGUUCCCCGCGGCCCCCCCGGGCCCGAGGCAGGAGGACCCGCAGGGCUUUCUUUUGCCGCCGGCUUUGGGACUGCUGGUGGCCGCGGGUUUGGCCGGCGCUGCGCUCCUGCUCGUCCGCCUGCGUCGCUGUGGCCCUGGCCGGGAUACUGGAUUGCGCUUGCUGGCGGGGACGCCAGAGCCAUCGGUCCGCGCGCUGCCGGAUGCACUCAACAACCUGAGGACGCAGGAGGACUCCGGGGAUGGCCGCAGCUCGUCCGUAGAUUGGAAUCGCCCCGAAGAUGGAGACUCUCGAACGAUAUACGUCGUAUCUGCUCCGUCGAUGUAUGCUCGGGAGGCCUGACCUGUUCUUUCGACAUCAGCGCCUGAAGACAGCCUGGAUAUUUUCGUAUUUGCGUGGUGGUGCCCAUUCUCUGCCCCCAGACACGUUGGGGUUCAAGCUGGGAGGGGCGAUUGGGAGAACCUUACUCCUGGAAGUUGUACAUAAUGGCUAUUUAUAUCCAAUUUUUUCCCCUCUCAUCUCCAGAGACAUUUAUAAAGGCUCUUAUUUUGAUCAGUU